AAAUCAGCUGUUGUUUGUUUGUUGAUUACUUCCUAAUAGGAUACAAAAUCCUUUGUUUAUUAUUCCUAAUUUGUAUUUAGAAACGAAACAAAGCCUUAAAUAAGUAAAACUAACUUUUGAUUACUAGCUUAACAAAUUCUAGUGAGACUUAUUUAAAAUCCACAAAUUGUCAGCGUGGUAAUUUAUCCCCAAUGACCUUGUCCUUUUUGCGUCGUAAGACAAUCACUGUCUAAUAUACUUGUCCUGUAUAUAAAACAUAUUGAAGUUGUCCUGUAACUUUUACUAUAAAGAAUGGCUGAAAAAAUCCGUAAAAAGACCACUAUAUAUCCUGAGUUGCCAAUGGAAGACCUUACCCCCUUGGUGCCCCAAUAUCAUUCUCUGCCUCACACCCCAAUAACCACUCAACCUCCUCCUCUCAAGAAGUAUCCAUCUCUUCCACCUCAUACUCCCAGUGAUCCCUCUACCGUCUUACAAACAAAAUUGUGUCCCAUCCAAAAGCACUACAAUGGAUUUUUACAAGACUACAUUGAUAAAAUUGAUGAGAUUUUGGAAAAAUUCACAGAGAUCAAGAAGAGGGCAGAGGAACACCAUUAUAAGAGUAAUUGUGCCAAAGUAUCUGGAACUGUUGUGAGUAGUACGGGGGCCGCACUGGUUAUGGGAUCCCUAUGGUGGGCCCCUUUGACUGGAGGAACUUCCUUAGCACUUGGAGCUGGAGGUGCAGUAAUGUCAGUAACGGGAAGCCUAACAAACGCCCUGACAGACUACAUAGACUAUAAAACAACCGCAGCAAUAAUGGAAGACAUUAAAUUACUGUUAAAAGAAAAGGAUAAUUUUGAUACUUGGAUGCGAAAAAGCCUGUCAAAUUUUAACGAAUGUAUCACCCAAUUAAUGAGUGAGGGAAUAAGCAAAGAGGUGGCCAUAAGUACGAUCAUUGAAGGGAUCGCAAAAGGAGCCAUAAAUAUAAUGGAAAAACCGGAUAAUAAAGUUCUCGCUUCGCUUAGUACUGCUGUUAAACUACACCACAUUCAGCAUAUCGCAGCUGAAACUUUACCAGUUUUGGGAAAGACUUUUCACAUGACCGAGAAAAGUUUUCAGUUUGUUUAUAACAUUUUAGGAUUGACUGGCAGGACGGUUCCUAAUUUAAUGAAGGACUUCGCUAAAAUAUCGGGAGUUUUAUCUAUUGCCUUUACAAUGGCAGAUAUUUCGAUUUUAAUUAAGGAUUUAUGUUCCGACCAUCCGUCCGUUGAUAUUAUUGAGAAAGUCAUUGAUAAACUGAAGGAUGAAAAAAAUGUCCUAAUGGAUCUUCUGGAUAUUUUAAAGUCCGUUGAAAACCAUAAAGAUGGAGUAUUCGACAAGGCGAUAAAGGAUAUCGAAAUGAUUAUUGAUAAAGAAGAUCUUUUAAAGGAUUUCGUUAUUGUUAACGAGGAGGACUACCAUGAGAGGGCGGGAGUACUUGUGCAAUAAAUGCAUAUUUUUCUUUAUAAAAAUCUCUUUAAAAAAUAUUUUAGUCAUAAGAUAGAAUGUAUAUACGCAUAUGUAAGUUUUUUAUUACAAUAAGGAAACUCUAUAUGUUGAGUUUUGUAUCUCAACAUACCAAUGAAUUUUUCCUUGUAAGUGAUAUUUGGAUAACGCACUUGAAUAAAUAAGAAGCUAACUUUUCAA